AUGUCAUUAGUGACAUCUCUACCGCCAGAACUGGACGUUUUCCUCGACUUUAUCUCCGACGACGACCGCCCCACGUUCAUUCUCGAGUACUCAUCGCAACCGAAGGUCGUCUUUCGCAACAACGCGCUCAAUGCGCUGCUUACCGGAUAUUCCCACGACUCGCGAUUCUCCAUCUGGGUCAACACAUUGUACAAGAUCAUCGGCGACCAUGCAGGGCGCCACGCACGACACAUUGCGAAACUAGGCGCUUUUGCGUCGCGACUCUGGUCGUGCAAGCGAUUGAGAGGACCUUGGAUAGCCGUCUUUCCUCGCCAGGAAGAUCCAUCCGAAGACCGACCGACCGUCCGGAAAAAGCAAAAAGAGUCGGAUCACAGCGAACAACUAUGGUCAGACGAGGAUGGCGAGCAAGAGUCGGACAGGGACAACCCGGAUGACUGGGAGAGUGUCGCAACAGCCAGUACAAGGGACAUUUCACAGGAAGGCCGAGGUGCUGUUAUUCUUGAAGAUCUGACGGUAGACUGGCUCAGGUUCCCGCAACUCACCAGCGAUCCGUGGAUACAGUUCCUUGCAAAACACGACUGGAGCAAGACAGCAGCAGGUCCUAUGCACACUUGGCACCCUACGCUUCGACAGAUCUUUAUGACCAUCUUAUCUUCUGAAGAACCACGCGUGAUAUACUGGGGCAACGACCUUCACAUGUUUUACAAUGAGGCGGCAAGAUUUGUUGUUGGAGAAAUGCACCCGAAACCGCUCGGUAAUUCCUUGCAAGAGGUUUGGGGGACUUCGAUGUGGUCUCACCUUACGAAAAUGCUUGUCUCCGGUAUCGAGCGGCGCAGACCCACACACAACAAGAGGACUGAACUUGUCGUCUUCCGCAACGGCUUUCCGGAAAGUGGCUUCUUUGACUUUGUUUUCCUACCCAUUCCUUCGGCGGACGGUCGUUUCCUUGGCGUCUUCAAUGAGUUUACAGAAUGCACGACAGCUGUACUGCAAGAGGAUCGCCAGCAGGUUUGUAAACAACUUAUCGAAGAUGUCGCUCGGGCGACAGAGACACGGCAUGUAUGGGAGUCGUUCAUGCGCAAUUUGAAAGAUUGCAAGGACGUAUCAUACGCGACAGUAUACUCAUACGGCUCGAUCAAACUGUCAGGCUCCGAAACACCAUCCUUGCGGGCCCAGUUCUCUUUUGGUGAUGAGGGACACAGCAGCGUCAUUUCUCCUUCGAUCAAGGAGGUCGUGGAAGGGUCUGCCAACAAAGUCUUGGUUCUGGAACGAUCGAACUCAACUUUGCCAGAAGAAUUGGCAGUGAACAUUACAGAUCAAGGCGUUGUCCACACUUCUUACGUCUUGCCAAUCGAUGAUCUCUAUGGUAAGGGUGUUUACGCAAUUGUCGUGAUAGGAUCAAACCCUUUGAGAGCAGUUGAUGCUGGCAGCAUUCAAUUCUUCGAAUCGCUUCGUGAUUUGUUGUUCAAGUCGAUUGCUCUGCUAUCGCUACCCGCCGAACAGCGACGAGCAAACGAACUUACCACUGCAUUAUCUCAUCAACUGGCGGCUGCAACCUCCAAAGCAGAGAAGAGUGAGAAGAAUUUUACCGAGAUGGUUCAUCACGCACCUAUCGGCAUGUGUAUGGAUCGCGGAGAUGGUUAUCCUGUAUACGUCAAUGACAUGUACCUCGACCUCCUGGGUACAGAUAGGACGAGUUUUUACGACGCCGCGAGAGCUGGUUUCUCAUGGCGGAGCUCAGUCUUUGAGAAUGACGCUGAUUCUAUCGAAGAUUUGUGGUGGUCUGCCGUCAGGGGCGGGAAAACGACAAGCUUUGAAGUUCGCAUCAAAACCGGGAUUUCGCAUCGUUGGCUUGAAGUAUUUGUACAACAGCGAUACGAUGAGAACGGCAUGCUGGUUUUCAUUUUCUCAUGGCUCACGGACAUCUCUGCCAGAAAGUUGAUGGAGUUUGUGGCGGAAGAGCGACUGACAGAAGCGAUUGAGAACAAAAGAGCUUCGGAGAAUUUCAUAGACAUGAUCUCACACGAGAUGCGCAACCCUUUGUCCAGUAUUUUACAACUCGCCGACAGUAUACCAUCGACAUUACCUCCUUUAAUAGCAGACGAGAAACACAAAACCUCAACAAUAGAAGGGAAUAUCAGCAACUUGACAGAAGAUGCGCGGAAUGUGCUUCUCGACACAGCACAAACAAUCACACUCUGCGCCAAACAUCAGAAGAAUAUUAUAGACGAAGUUCUCACCUUCUCCAAGUUAGAUUCCAAGCUUAUAGUGCUUGCUCCGGAAGCAGCCCAACCACUGGAUAUCAUCACGGACGUCUUGAGAAUGAAUAAACCGGAGCUUGCCCAGGCAGAUAUUGAAGGUUCUCUGAAUGUGCAAGCAAGCUUUACGGAUCUCGGCAUUGAUCACUUCUUACUUGAUCGUGGCAGAGUUUCACAGGUCAUCAUCAAUUUCAUGACCAACGCUAUCAAGUUUACGAGGAGUUCUGAUGUCCGCAAGAUUCAGAUCAAUCUUGGCGCGUCACGAAUCAGACCUACCGCCGACAGUUGUCAUGUCACGCUCAUAGAGCCUCGCGAGAAAGGGCGAUCUUUGUCGAUAGGUCCCGUGACCGAGGAUGAUGUCUUCUUAUCCUUCAGUGUGCAAGAUACGGGAUGCGGUCUUACUGAAGCCGAGACGAAAAAUCUGUUUCAGCGAUUCAGUCAAGCUUCCCCGAAGACUCACAAACGAUAUGGCGGCAGUGGUCUGGGCUUGUUCAUCAGUAGAGAAUUGGUCGAGCUGCAUGGAGGCCAAGUAGGAGUAUCAAGCGAGGCGGGGAAAGGCAGUAUAUUCGGCUUCUACAUCAAAGCGACAUGUACUGAACGACCACUCGAAACUGCGCCAAGCUCUCCAGAGAUUGGCAAGUCAUUGACAGCACAAGAUCCGCCGGUGGGUGCUUCGAUGAGCAAAACAGAAACACAGGACUUGCAUGUUCUUGUGGUCGAGGAUAAUACAAUAAACCAGCGGGUCAUGUCUCAACAACUCUCACGACUAGGAUGCGCCAAAGUCCAUGUCGCCAAUCACGGUCUUGAAGCACUUGACUUCUUAUCAACAACCACAUUCUGCAAUGGGGAAGUUCCGCUUUCAGUUGUCCUCCUGGACGUGGAGAUGCCAAUUAUGGAUGGUUUAACCUGUGCUCGUCGCGUCCGCGAGCUUGAGAAGUUGCAGGAGAUUAUUGGGCAUGUGCCUAUUUGUGGCAUCACGGCAAACGCUCGCACUGAUCAAAUCGCUUCGUGUAUUGAAGCAGGAAUGGAUGAAGUCGUGACGAAACCUUUCCGAAUGCCCGAGCUUAUUCCUCGCAUGCUGGCGCUCGUUGAUAAACACAAGUCGCUGUGA